AUGAAGCGAAACUUGGAGUACAAGAUGAAGCAGGAAGAUGGGUGGACACUGGUAGCUCUGGAGAAGGAUGCUAAGGAAAUCACACUAGCAGAGCUGAAGGCUGACACUGUGUAUGAGAUCAAAUGCACUGAAGUAGGCCAACUGGAAUAUACAGUUGCCAGUGACAUCAUCACCAUUCAAACUCUUAAAAAGGUGCACCCACCAACUGACCUAAGAGCCAUGAACAUUACAUCUUCCUCAGUCCAGUUAUCUUGGUGCCACUCCAUGUUGAAUAGUAGUAGAUUGGUGAAUGGGUACAUUGUUGAAUAUAAGGAGGCGAACAGUGGCCAAUGGCUAAGCAUAAAAUCAUCAGCAGAAGACUGCGUAUUCAGUUUAGGUAGUUUGACACAUGAUACCUCUUAUGUGCUUCGGAUCUCAACUGAGUUUGGGGAGGGUGCGAUCAGUGACCCUUCUGAAGAGCUUUUAAUAACCACUAAGAGAGACUGGAUGAAGAUAAUUGAGGACACACAUGAAAGCUACUCUUUUCUGAGUGCCGGUCCACCAAGUGUUUACACUCUGAACCUGAAAAGAGUGGGCACUGGUGAGUUCUCAAAAUUAUCUUUUGAAAUUCCAUCUCUACUGGAUCAGGAAACCAAAACAAUAAUGCUUUUUGGUGCCCCUGGUUCAGGAAAGACCGCCCUCAUCAAUGGAAUGAUCAACUACAUCCUGGGCGUGGACUGGGAAGAUGACUGCAGAUUUAAACUCAUAAGCGAGGUCGCCAGUAAAACACAAGGGGAGAGCAAGACUGAAAAGGUGACUGCAUGCUACAUCCAUCAUAUGAAAGGUUUUCAAAUUCCAUAUUCACUAACCAUCAUUGAUAUCCCAGAGUUUGGAGAUAUGAGAGGAAUUUUACAAGACAAAGACAUCACUAAGCAAAUCCAUUCAUUCUUAUGCCAUCAAGAUGACUUUGUUAGCAUUGAUGCUGUUUGCUUUGUAGUACAGUCAUCCUUGACAUGUCCUACAAGCACUAAAAAAUACAUCUUUGACUCAAUUUUCUCCCUGAUUGGUAAAGACAUUAAGAACAACAUUUUUACUCUGAUCACGUUUGCUGAUGGGGAAAUUCCAUCAGUGCAUGAAGAUCUAAAGUUUGCUGACAUCUGUUGUGCUGAACUGAAAGACGGGUCACCGCUUCAUUUCAAGUUUAACAAUUCCAUCCUUAUUACCCCAAAUGAACAUCUUGGAACUGAUGAUCAUAUUGGCCAAAAGUACUGGGAAAUGAACAAAGAAAGCAUGAAGAAUUUCUUCAGUCACUUAAAUUCACUUCAGACACAGAGUCUCCAGCUAACCAAAGAGGUUCUUGAAGAGCAUAGACAGCUGGACCUCAGCAUCAAAAAGAUGCAGUCAUUUAUUCAAACUGUGCCCACUAAGUUAGGAAGUUAA